AUGAAGGUGACUUGGCUAUUCAAGGUGCUAAUCUGCUUGUGCCUCCUCCUUGUUCAAAUUGAGGCAGGCUGCUUUAGCUGGCGCAGGCGCAAAACCAAAUCCAACAUUCUGAGAGCUGCCCUAGCCGCUGUGUUUGACGCCCAUCGACAGGAGCCCGCAGGGAACAGCGAGGACCUCCAGCAAGGCCCUCCAGUUUCAUCGCCGACCGAGGUGGUAGAGCGAAGUGUCGAGACAGACGACUGCACCGGAGGCGAUGGCGAUUGUGAGGAAGGGACUCCGCGACAUGCUGCUCUGCGUCUCCUCUCACGUGUUCUAAGUGACCUUCUGGAACGUCCGCAGCCAUCCAGACAGGACAUCUUUGAUUUCAGGGUGACUAUUGAAUGGACUACCGCGCCUGUUCUUGACUAUGACAUGAAAAGCAGACGCCAAAAUCAACAACUUGGGGCUCUGCUUCUCAUUGCACUUUCCCCAUAUUUGGCAACUUACAAUGGGGAGUAA